UAAAAUACACUUUAGUAUACAUGUAUUUGUAGUAUGAGAUAUUAUAAGUACGUAUAUCACUAUCAGCUUGAACUGCCAGAAGAGAGAAGACAGUAAACAUAAACUGCGAAUGUACGAAAGAUAACUUCGGCAGUCGGAAAAUUAUCUUCGGAGGAAGCAAUUUCCGCAUGCGCCUCCUUUUGACGGAUGGUUGUUUGAGGAUUAUACAGAGGAAAAACAAGAAAGUCAAACGAGAAGAAAGUCUUUUUGGUCUAUUUAUGUAUAUUGUCAGACGAACGCAGCGUGACGUUGAUGAUUGACAAGAGAACAUUUUGCUUGACAUUGUAUUGAGUUCACUGAUAUUUCAUUGUACAAUAGUAACAAUAAAAAAACAAUAUGGCCGGGAACCCUCCAGCAAGUCUGAAAGUGAUACAGCCGUUUACAAGACUUGCUAAGGAAUAUGAUAAUCGCGAUCCUGUCGUCGCGUACUGGAGUCGUUACUAUGCAGUACAAGUUGGUAUAAAGAACAAAACGAAAGACAAUGUUUCCUAUUUAAUGAGUCUAAUGGACCUUCUAGAGAAGAGUAAGCAAAAACUGACAGAAGAAGAAGCUGUGAUGAACGAUAUUGUUGCACAAGCACAUCUGGAAAGUAAAGGUGUACAGUUAUUUCUCUGGGCUGAUAACGAAGACAGAGCUGGUCGUUUUAACAAAAAUGUGGUCAAGUCAUUCUAUUCUUCAACUCUUAUUUUCGAAAUUCUUACGGUGUUUGGUGAACUGAAUGACGAGAUAAUAAAACAACGAAAAUAUGGUAAGUGGAAAGCUACGUACAUAAAUAAUUGUUUGAAGAAAGGAGAGACACCAAUGGCAGGCCCUGCAGGCUGGGAAGAUGAUACUCAAGAGCCUAAUGCAUCAAGUGGUCCACCAUCAGGACUAACUGAUCCUUCGAAUACUUUACCCGAUUUACCCCCAUCAGUUGUAUACCCCCCAUCUGGUUCUGUAGCAACUCAUCCAUCUGCCCAAUACCCUCCCCAAUCCCAGUCAUAUGUUCCACAACCCUGGUCAUACUCUCAACCACCCCAGUCGUAUCCACCCCAACCCAACUCACAUCCUCCACAAUCCCAGUCGUAUCCGUCACAACCCCAGUCGUAUCCUCCACAACCUCAGACAGAUCCUGUAAAGAAUAUGAAACCAUCUACACAACCAUUACCAAACGAUUCAAGCGCAAAUGAACCAAUCAAAUCAACCGGAUCUCAUCUGGGACCACUUGACUACGCAAAAGCCCAAAAGUACUGCAAAUACGCUUCAAGUGCUUUGCAAUAUGAGGACGUUACGACAGCCAUAGACAAUCUGCAAAAAGCUCUAAGACUUUUACAAACUGGAAAAGACUCUUGAAUUUAUAAAAGAAGAUUUUGAGGAUAAUUUAGUUAGAUUUAAGGAGACAAAAAUUGACCUCUUCUCCCCGAAAACAACAUUGCAACUAGAUGAAAAUCAUUAAAUUGUGUAUAAAUCUCUUAUAAAUCCCGACCGAUAUGACAUUAGUAAUUAACAAACAGCAUAAUAAAAAUCAAUAUAACAGAGA